GUGGGAGGGAGACAGCGAGAGAGCUGGAGAGAAGGGGCAUACAAAAAGAGAUGCGUAGCAACAGCAAUAAUAACAGAGUACUGUUAAGAAUUGCAAAGGCAGGGGAGCCAUAAGCAGACCACUCACAGCAUGAUGGAUCUUUCAGAUGCCGGCAUAGAUCUCUGGAUAAGAUGCUUAGGAAACGACUCCUUGCUGCAGCCUCUGUGGGACAGCCUGAGGCUCAACUACAGAGACUAUUUGAGAUCUCCUCUCUUCCCCAUCAUUCUGACCGUAUCUUCCUACUUUGUCUUGUGCCUUCCUUUCCUUGUUUGUGACAUCAUGGGAGAUAGAUGGACAUGGGUCCAGCAAUUCAAGAUCCAACCCAACCAUCGUCCUUCAGCCGCUACGCUGCUGCACUGUGCAGGUGUCACUUUCUACAACCAUGUGUUACUUGUGCUCCCAGCGUCAGUGGCCCAGUGGGCAUGGAGGCCACCUGUGGACUUGCCAGACCAGGCUCCAUCCCUGCUGGAGCUGAUAGCUGGGGUGAUAGGUAACCUUCUGCUCUUUGACUUCCAGUACUUCAUCUGGCACCUGCUCCAUCACAGGAUCCGCUGGCUGUAUGUCACUUUCCAUGCGAUUCAUCAUAAAUACUCCUCUCCCUUUGCUCUGGCCACUCAGUGUCUUGGAGGAUGGGAGCUGGUUACAGUCGGCUUUUGGACUACUCUCAAUCCUGUGAUCCUGAGAUGCCACCUACUUACCACAUGGACAUUCAUGGUGCUGCAUGUCUACGUGUCUAUAGAGGAUCACUGUGGCUAUGAUUUCCCCUGGUCCACAUCACGCAUGAUACCAUUUGGCAUCUACGGAGGGCCCAGCAAACACGAUGUUCACCAUCAGAAACCCAACACCAACUUUGCACCACACUUCAGCCACUGGGAUAAAAUAUUUGGCACGCAUUCUGAUUUCAGCUUCUCUCCUGCUAUGAAAUAGAAGGCUAUAGCACUACUGCAAGCAGCUAUUUGUCUGUGUUUUCAAAUUAUGUGCAUAUUAAAAUGCACAGUGAAAUUUAAGACAAAUCUACAUUUCUUACACCACAAAUGGAGGCAUGUCACUAUAUAAAUAAGAUGUGCUAAGUUUCCUGUAGCUUUAAUGAUAGUGAGACCAUGUACUCAUCAGAUCUUGAAAAUUUUGUGUGCAUAGUCUAAAUAAUGACCAAAUCUAUCUGUCACCCAGUGUGUCUGUUUUUUUUUUUUCUUUGAAAAUGAGCCUGAGCCUUAAAAGUAGCUAACGUUGCAUUUUUCCUUGUGUAAAUAAAAC